AUGGCGCGCUUAGUCUUCUUCAGCUUCUUCUUAUUUGAAAAAAGAGUUGAUGUAAGUUCUUCGAAAAAGAUUAAAUCGCUAAGUAACCGCCUAGAUACUUAAAUCCUCCCACUACAUUAAGGAGUACUGGACUUGGCGAUUGCCAUUAAACAUCUCCGCAGAAAGGAAAAAAUAGUUGUAACCAUGUGCAUGACACAUUGUAAUGAUUUGAAAAAGAAAAUAAACUUUCUUAUCGAAAAGUAUUGAUUUUUAACAUUACAUGAUUUUUGUAACUGAUAAAAAUGGAACAAACAAAUGAAAUAAAAAACAAAGGAAAAUUAGUGGAAGCUCUUCUGAAAGGCAAAAGUUUGGCAAAACAGCAUAUAGAUUCUUAUAAUUAUUUCAUUAAUAAAGAAAUAAAAAAUAUUGUCAAGGCAAAUGAAAAAGUUUUAUCUGAUGAAGAUCCACAUUUUUAUGUAAAAUAUUUAAGUAUAAAAGUUGGUUCACCUGAUAUUGAUGAUGGUUCAAAUAUUAUGCGACCAACGACACCACAUGAAUGCCGUUUAAGAGAUCUAAAUUAUUCUGCACCAAUCUUAGUAGAUAUUGAACAUAUAAGAAAUAAUCAGCGGAUAAGAAACACAAACAUGAUAAUUGGAAGAAUGCCAAUAAUGUUGCGCAGUUCGAAUUGUGUAUUAACUAAUAAAUCUCAUUAUGAAUUAGCUAAAUUAAACGAAUGCCCAUAUGAUUCUGGUGGUUAUUUUAUUAUAAAUGGUCAAGAAAAAGUUAUAUUAAUACAAGAACAAAUGGUUAGAAAUAGAAUUAUUGUGGAAAAAGAUGGCAAAGAAGUUAUUGCAUCGUGUAAUAGUUUUACACAUGACAAAAAGACUAAGACAAGUGUCGUAGGUAAAGGUGGCAAAUAUUAUAUAAGAAACAAUAUGUUCCAAGACGAUAUACUGAUUACUGUCAUUUUCAAAGCUAUGGGAAUAGUAAGCGAUAUAGAUAUCAUACAAAUGGUUGGAGAAAAAGAAAAAUAUUUGGACGAAUUUAUAGCUAGUAUAGAGAAUUGUCAAGAUUUAGAUAUCUUUUCAGAGAAACAAGCAUUAAGAUACCUCUAUAAUAAACGCAAACAGACGAGAUUUCAUGUUGCAAAGACUAAUGUUACUGAUGAAAUGAAAGAUUUGUUAGCAACAAAUGUGUUGUCUCAUGUACCUGUUAUAGAUUUUAACUUUAGAACAAAAGCACUACAUCUUGCUUUGAUGGUUAGAAGAGUGAUAGAUACAGAGUCUGAUAACAAAUUGAUUGACGACAAAGAUUAUUAUGGUAAUAAACGCCUGGAAUUAGCUGGUUCUCUUCUCGCCUUAAUGUUUGAGGAUUUAUUCAAAAGAUUUAAUUGGGAGCUCAAGAUGAUUGCUGAUAAGAAUAUUCCCAAGAUCAAAGCAGCACCAUUUGAUAUAACAAAAUAUAUAAGAAAGGAUAUGAUUACCAACGGACUGGCUUUUGCCAUAUCAUCAGGAAAUUGGACAAUCAAAAGAUUUAGAAUGGAAAGACAUGGUGUAACACAAGUGUUGUCGCGAUUGUCGUAUAUUUCAGCGCUUGGUAUGAUGACGCGAGUGCAAUCUCAGUUUGAAAAGACUAGGAAAAUCUCUGGUCCACGAUCAUUGCAUGGUUCACAAUGGGGAAUGUUGUGUCCAAAUGACACACCUGAAGGUGAAGCGUGUGGCUUGGUGAAGAAUUUAGCAUUGAUGGCUCACAUUACUACAGAAAUGCCAGAAGAACCAUUUGUAAGAUUGAUGCAUAAUCUCGGUGUGCAAAAUAUUUAUACUUGCGUUGGAGUAGAGCUAACCAAAAAAGAUAUAUAUAUAGUUUUCGUGAAUGGUAAUAUGGCAGGCAUUGUGAAACAAUCUAGUGUAUCAAGACUGACCCACCAGUUUAGAUUGUUACGCAGGAAAAGGUACAUAGAUCGUUUUGUAUCAAUAUCUGUGCAACAUCGACAUAAAUAUGUUCAAGUCAGUUGUGAUGGCGGUCGAUUAUGCAGACCACUCAUCAUCGUCCAAGACGGCAAACCGCUUAUUGAACAGAAACACAUGAGAUAUCUCGAGAUAAAUCUUUGGACCUUCAAUGACUUUGUUCAUGCUGGACUGAUUGAGUUCUUAGACGUAAACGAAGAAAAUGAUAGUUUGAUUGCAUGUAAAGAAUCUGAAAUUAUUCCUCAAACAACGCAUUUAGAAAUCGCAGAAUUUACAAUUUUGGGAGUUUGCGCCGGCUUAAUACCAUAUCCGAAUCACAAUCAAAGUCCAAGAAAUACUUAUCAAUGUGCUAUGGGUAAACAGGCUAUAGGAACUAUAGGAUAUAAUCAACGUAAUCGCAUCGAUACAUUAAUGUAUAAUCUGGUAAAUCCGCAAAAACCUAUAGUGAAAACGCGACAAAUAGAGUUAAUCAAUUUCGAUAAAUUACCUGCUGGUGAAAAUGCUAUUGUGGCUGUAAUGUCAUUUAGUGGGUAUGAUAUCGAGGAUGCACUUAUUUUGAAUAAAGCCUCUGUUGAUAGAGGAUAUGGAAGGUGUCUGGUAUACCGAAACUCGAAAUGUAUAAUAAAAAACCAUCCCAAUCAAGCGAGCGAUAUAAUUUUGGGACAAUCGAUAGAUGCCACUACUAAAAAACCUAUAUGGAAACAUGAUAUUCUUGAGAAUGAUGGGAUUGCAGCAACUGGUGAAAUGGUGCAAAAUAAAAAAGUGAUGGUAAAUAAAGCAGUGUCGACGCGCACUGGAAAUAUUGGCCCAUCAAGGUCUGACAAUUUUCAAACGCAACCAGAAUAUCGCAAUGCAGAAGUUUCGUACAAAGGUUUGGUCCCGGCGUAUAUAGAGAAAGUUAUGGUAUCUAGUAAUGCUGAAAAUGCCUUCUUAAUAAAAUUGUCAUUGAGACAAACUCGGAGACCUGAGAUUGGUGAUAAAUUUAGUAGUCGCCAUGGACAGAAGGGUGUUGUAGGUUUAAUUGUGGGGCAAGAAGAUCUGCCAUUUAAUGAUCAUGGUAUAUGUCCUGAUGUGAUUAUGAAUCCACAUGGUUUCCCAUCUAGAAUGACAGUUGGGAAACUGAUAGAGGUAUUAGCUGGCAAAACGGGCGUUGUGAGUGGAACACUCAAAGAUGCAACAGCAUUCGAGGGUGCUAAAGUAGAGGAUCUUUGUGAAGAAUUAGCAAAACAUGGGUAUAAUUACUUAGGUAAAGAUUUAUUUUAUAGUGGCAUGACUGGGCAGCCAAUAGAGGGAUAUAUUUUUUCUGGAAUAGUUUAUUACCAGAAAUUGAAACAUAUGGUGCAAGACAAGAUACAUGCUCGUGCCAGGGGGCCGAAGGUAAUUCUAACACGCCAGCCGACAGAAGGACGUUCCAAAGACGGUGGUCUACGUUUAGGUGAAAUGGAACGCGAUUGCUUGAUCGGUUAUGGAGCCAGUAUGUUGUUAGUAGAGAGACUCAUGUUAUCGAGUGACGCAUUUCAAGUUGACAUUUGUAACAAGUGUGGUCUGAUAGGAUAUAAUGGUUGGUGCCAAAGAUGCAGUUCCAGUUCCUCCAUUUCUACGAUCACAAUGCCUUAUGCUUGUAAAUUAUUAUUCCAAGAAUUACAAUGCAUGAACAUAUUACCUCGUUUAACAUUAAAAGAUUAUUGUGACUGAUUGUUUGCUAUCAGACUAUAUACCAGUAAUUUCAAGACAAUUUGUCUUAAUGUGCAGAUAUAUAUAAUAAGUUUCCAAAAUUUUAAAUUUAUUUAACAUAUAGAAACUUGUGUUUAUUAUACAAUUAUUUUAUAUAAUAUUUGAAUAAAUUACAUGUUUUCUUUGGAAGACA